AUGGAACGCGCUGACGCCAUUUUGGCUCGUGAACGAGAAGAAAUUAACCUUCUGCGCGAGCCGUUAAGGGUUCUUUGGUUAGCUCUUGUUAUGUGUGUUAAGUACGUCACUCGUUAUGUGACGACACAUUUAACGCCUUCAGUCCUUCGGGUUGUCGUUCCUGUUCUUCUCUUGAUGACUGCAACUUCUCUUUUUUGGAUCGAUUCCCCUGCUGGCCAUGCCUUCAAUGCUCUUGAUACCGACAGAGAUGGGCUUGUCUCACCGGAAGAUUUAGAGACCUACUAUACCCGUGUACUUGGUCAUCAGCCGGGUAUUGGACAACAGGCGCGAUCGGCUUUUCCUCAGAACUCUUCUCAUCUCAACAAAGCUCAGUUUGUGGGAUGGUGGGAGGAAGGUCAGGGUGAUAUGCUCCGCAGGGAUGCGUUUUUUAGUCAAGGAACAUGGCGAGAGGUGGAAUAUUUGCUUGCCGAUGCUCUCUGGUGGUUGGUUCUUGGAAUACUUUCUUCCGUUGGCUUGGGCACAGGAAUGCACUCGGGGUUGCUUUUUCUUUUUCCUCAUAUUUAUCUUGCCUGUUCUUCUGCAGAUUCUUGCGGCAAUACCAACUUUUGGACAUAUCCUGUGAAUCGCUUUUAUGGUCCACGCGAUCGCACAUUUACGUGCAUCACGCCCCAUGUUACUACAACCGUUCCGCCGACCCUGGCGCGGUUGCUGAAGGUUGUGCCCGCGUGUAUUAUUUGGGGCGCAGGAACCGCAAUUGGGGAGAUCCCGCCCUAUGCCUUGAGUUACGCGGCGGCUCGACAGGGCAAACGACAUGCAGAGCUGGAGGAGCUCUCAAAAUAUGAUGUGCUGAACCGUAUGAAGAUGUGGACACUGGACAAAAUCCAAAGAUACGGUUUUUGGGCAAUUCUUUUUCUUGCUGCUUGGCCCAAUAUGGCUUUUGACCUAUGUGGGAUGGCAUGUGGACAGUUCCUUAUGCCGUUCUGGAGUUUUUUCGGGGCAACAUUUAUUGGUAAGGCGCUUAUUAAGGUUAACAUGCAGGCCGUUUUUUUUGUUUUGCUUUUCUCCGGUGACAACAUUGAACGUGUCAUUCGUCUUGCGGGUGAUGCCCUGGCGAGGGUUUUGAUCCUCCCUGCAUGGAUGGGUUCACAUGGCACCAAGGGAAUAGUAGAGAUGUCUAUCGCACCAAUAGUAAAGGCACGUGAGAAUAUUGCGGCCAGGGCACGAGGGACCGAAGAAAUUGAUUUGGAAGAGAGGGGUGGUUCGUUCCUCAUGAUGUUUAUGCAUUGGAUUGUUGUGGCCGCGGUCGCGUGGUUCGCAAAGUCCAUCAUAGAGGCAUUUGCACAGAAUGAACAGGAGGAGAGAGAUAAGUGGACACUGGAACGUGUGCAGAAGAUGAUUUUGCACCGUCGCACGAGGGCCGAUAUAAAAAGUGAGGAACUUAGGCAGCUUAUUGACCUUGCCCGCGCUGGGGAAGUGGGGACAUCGCGUUCACCAAUUGAGUCCAUUUUUAUGGCGCUGUUUACAAUAAUGGCGUUUCUGGGCUUUGUGAUGGGUUUCUAUCCCGUAUUUGUGCUUGGUCUUUCACUUCUUGGGCACACAAUAAUGUUCGGGUUGUGCACCAAUGAGUCAAUCAACAGGUGGACUUUUUGCGGCGUUCGUGCAGCCCUUACUGCAGCUGCCCUCUUUUCACUCUCCACCCAGUUUACUGUGUAA